AUGUCGCUGAAGCACGAAGCAUUCCCAUCAUCCGAGGCCUUUGAGGCCAUCGACGCAGCCCUUUCCUCAAGCGAGUCCGAGCGAAAGGAGGCCGUCAACCAAGGAAAAGCCAUCUUCGCCUUCAAGCUGAAGAACGACCAGAACCAGGAGGAAGCAUGGCAUAUCGAUCUCAAGGAGACGGGCAAAGUCGGCAAGGGCGAGGCCCCUGCUGGCAAGAAAGCUGAUGUGACGCUGUCUCUAAGUGACGAGAACUUUGGCAAGUUGGUUACUGGCAAGACGAAAGCACAGUCCUUGUUCAUGAGCGGGAAGCUGAAGGUCAAGGGCAACGUGAUGAAAGCGACGAAAAUGGAGCCUAUCCUUGCAAAGGCCAAAGCCCAAGCCAAACUGUAA